ACCUUUUACGGCGCGACGUAAGUUUCACUUUCUCUUGAAAAUAGACGGAAAGAUUGUGUUUGCAGUUAGGAACUUGAUGAAAAAAUACGAUUUGGAUUUUCGUUUUCUCUGAAGAAAUAACUGACUGCUAACUUGAGUAACACUUGUUGUUACUGACACUUUGACAGCUGGAGUCAGUCAUCUAUCGUGAGAUCCGAUCGAGUUUAAGGUGAAGUCAUGUCAACUUUACUGGUGAAAAUAAAGCACUCAUAUCACGGAGCAGCUACUGUACUCCAACAUGCGGGCUUUGUCAGUGACUCAGAUAUCCAGUCCCUGAAUCGAGCAGACCUGAACGAGCUGUUUCCUGGAGUUGAGAACCUCAGACUGAGAAGGGAAAUCUUCGAUAUCAUACACAAAAAGAAUGUGCUCCAAAAAGAACCGGAAGGGCCCUUUCUAAAUGAACUGUUGAGGUCUAUGGCUCCAACUAAUAGGGAGCUCUUGGCUGAUUACAUCCAUGUUCUGAAGGAUGCGAAGACUCAAAUGGAGAAUGUGCUGUGCUGCAUGAAUGCUCAUAUUGAUCACCUGGAGGACAUCUGGAAAAAUCAGGCAGAUCCACAACCUGACAAUGAUUCUUUGGCAGGUGCAAGCGACUCAGACAUCUGUCAUCCACUGGCCCCCAGUAACCAAGAAGCACAAGUGAAGUACCAGAUGAUUGUCAGUGGUAAAACCUUUGAUGCCCAUCUGCAGCUGAUGGAACAAGUGAAGGGUCAAUAUAAGGGUCAAGAUAAGGUUCAGUUUACUGAAAGCAGUCAGGAUUGCAAGAUUGUUAUUGUCUUCUGCCCCGUCGUUUCACGCAUUGGGUCGGAUGUUGAGGCAGCGAUGACUUGUGUUAAAGAUGAUAAACCUGUCAUUCUGGUGUUAAUGCAUCAUACACGUGAUCCCAAGUGCACAACCUCUAGGAGAACAUGGACUGACGGUACUCACGUUGUGUCGCAGGUCAAUGUUUUCUACCAUGAGACAAAAAAUGGGUUAUUAAAGUGUGAACAAAACGAUGCAGCUGCCUCAGAAAUACGAAAGGAAUUACUGAAGCACUGUGGUGUUAGUGCUUCGCCUGGAGCUGAGCUGGCUCCCAACAGUGGGGGUUUAUUCAGAAUGCCUACCAGCGUGUCAUCAUGGUUUCCAAAUCUGACAAUAAAUCAUAAAUCAUGAUGAUCAUGUAUCAACAUUAGAAACAAAAAACACUGAGAAUCCAAAUCUUUGAUGGAUCUUGACUUGUGUAUGUCAGUAUGCUAAUAAUUGGUAUAAAUAUAAAAUGUCAGAGUACAGGAUACCAAGGCUCUUUUUUUCACAUAGACUGUUACAUUUCUAAAGCUACCACCAUGUAGUGUGUUGUGUCUAUGCACAUGCAACAUGUCAACACUGUAUUAUCAAUCAAACCUCAUCAGAUUUUACAUGUUAGACUUCAGUGCUUUUGGACAUUUUUACUCAUUUAGACAAUGAUAAUAUAAUAACUCCUGUAAGCGUUUUGAUGCAGUACAUUACAUUGAACUUUUGACCUGCAAUUGAACUUAAAAUUUUCAGUGCAUUUGAGCUUAUGGAAAGGGCCGUUUUGAAAUAUGCUCAAAAGGAAGCAAGGCUUUAUACUGCUGAUAAUGUGCAAUGGCUGUGCAAUAGAGCUGUGCUGCUGUUUGCUCUGUAAGCCAAUGGACCAAUACAACAAAUACAACUAAACUUGUUUUAAAGAAACAGUACCAUAAGGCUAACAGUUUUUAUAUACUGUAUGGUGAGACUUGAAUGUACGAUUGAGAGAUUAAACAGUCCAGUGACCAGACAACUUUGUGUAUUGAUCUAAGAGAGCCAAAUCAAUAAAUAGAUACACAAAUAAAGGGAAAAUACAGAUACAAAUCGAAAACUGAAUAUUUGCUUUAAUUUUUGCUGUAGCUGAAUGUCUCAGAAAGCAUGUAAAAUGUGUGAUUGUUAGGUGCAAUACUUUCAAUAAACUUCAAUUAUGAGCAUGGUUACAAUGACUGAAUGAUUCCUCA